AUGAGCGAUGGGUUAGAAUCCUCUGGCACUGUUCCUGGCGCCAGCGGCAGUGACAGCGCGCCUGCGCAACGCCGCCGUCCGCGGCAGAGCAGUUGCCGCAGGGAGCAUGUGCUGCUGCUGCUCUCGCUGGCCGGAUGUGUCCUCUACGUGCUCCUGGUUUGGGACUGGGCCACCGGCGGCGCCGUGCUGCGCGGCUCGCGCCGCGAAGUAGUGGUUCUGUAUGUAUUCGCCUACACAGACCCAGAGUUCCUCGAUAAUCUGAAGUACUUUGUAAAAGAGGCGGUGGAGCGGGAUCCAGGCGUGUGCGACUACGUCAUCGCAGUGCAGCGCAGCCACGGGCAGCUAGACCCGUCCCUGCUGCCGCCCCUGCCGCCCCACGCGCGCUACGUCUUUCACGAGAACGUGUGCUAUGACUGGGGCACCUUUGGGUGGCUGCUCAUGGGCAGCGGCCACGUGGACCCCAGGCGCUACAGAUAUUUCUUCUUCAUCAACUCAAGCGUCAGGGGCCCCUUCAUGCCGCCGUACGCGCGGGGCCUGCUGCACUGGGCGGAGCCGUUCCUGUCGCGCCUCGACGCGUCGGUGAAGCUGGUGGGGCCCACCAUAUCCUGCGAGGGCACGCCGCUGGACGGCGACGUGAAGGGCGUGUGGCGCCGCAACCCCCACGUCCAGUCGUACGUGGUGGCCAUGGACAGCGUGGGGCUGAAGCUGCUCAUCGACGACGGCCGGGUGUUCCAGUGCCACAGGGACCGGUGGAACACAAUCUACUACAGCGAGCUGGGCAGCAGCGCGGCGGUCCUGGACGCGGGCUACAACAUCGGCUGCCUCAUGGCGCGAUACCAGGGGGUGGACUGGCGCGACAAGCGCAACUGGGGGUGCAACGAGAGGCUGACUGCCACGAGUGAGCACAGCCUGGACGGCGUUUCCGUGGACCCCCUGGAGGUGAUGUUUGUGAAGGUGAAGAGCUACAUGCUGAGCAGCGAGUGGAGCUUCAGCAAGAAGGCUGUCAAGUACCAGCGCUGGCAGGAGCAGCAG